UCAAAUUUUUGUUUCCUGAAUUUUUACGAUAUAGCCAAUUAUGACCUUUUGGCUUUGGUAACUAGUGGAAACCCUCUAACUCACUCACACGGUCAGUAUCUGUCGGGGAAAGUCGCUUUCAGCAGAACCGACUGUUGUGUCUGUGGGAUUCAUUUCAAUAAUGAGCUACAGACAGACACGCUUUCCUGCAUCUCUCAUUCUCUAUCUAACUGCAGUAUAUUCGUGUAUUUGCGAGCUUGCUGUGGAUUCUAUUAUACUGUUGAGUCUUCUACGGGUGUAGUCAGAGGAGACGGACCGCCUGAACUAAACUAGCCGCAGAAGUCUCAUCUCGGCGUGGGUCGCAUUUUGUGUAGCACCCUGGUUCAAAGAACCCCCCAAAAAACAAAGAAAUAUGGAGAAGUUGGAACAUGGAAACAGAUCAGAGGAAGAGUGUGAAUCUCACGAGGAGGAAGAGUUGGACCCCAGGAUCCAGGGGGAAUUGGAGAAGUUGAACCAGUCUACAGAUGACAUCAACCGCUGGGAGACAGAGCUGGAG